GGAUUAAAAUAAAUAGACCUUCUUCUUCUGCUGUAUUCGGCGGUAGUGAUGGAAGUAGCCUCGACUCCAAAUGGAUACCUCGGUUUCUACCUGUCUCUUUCCUGCUGUCUUCCUAGAUGUCCAAAACUGGGAAAGAAUACAAGGAAAACGAGAAAGCAGAAUCCAUUCCACCGCCCUUCCCAUCCUCCCUAUCCAAUUCUUCCUUCGCCUGAAAACAACCAAAGUUUGCCCCUUUUCCUUCUUCCUUAAGAUUUAAAAAAAAAUAAGAUAAGGAAAAAACCCUUAAAAAAAAAAAUUGCCCAAAACGCCUUCCUCUCCACCUCGCCUCCUCCUCUACGUUUCUAGUUUUUUCCCCAACCCCAAGAACCCUUGCUCUCUUCUCCCUUCCACCAUGGACGUCGACCAGAACUCCAUCCCCAAAGAUCUCCGCUCCCUACCCCUCAAUCGCGCGGCCAAUCCCCCCAGUCCCCCCUCCCGCCUCCUCUUCUCCCCCCACUCCGACCCCUUCCCCAACCCUCCUCCUACCUGGGCCCCCACCUCCGCCCCCAAUCCCCCAUCCUCCGCCGCCGCCGCCGUCCCUCCCACUAUUUCCUCCCCUCCUUCCUCCUCCGCCGUCUCCGCCGGUUCCCCUGAAGGUAACUCCUACUCCAACAAAAAGCUCAAGUUUUUAUGCAGCUUUGGGGGCAAGAUCCUCCUCCGGCCCAGCGACGGCUCCUUCCGCUACGUUGGCGGUCACACCCGCAUCAUCUCCGUCCGAAAGGAUGUAUCUCUCGCCGAACUUACGAGCAAGAUGUCCGAGGUCUUCGGUGGUCCCGCUGUCGUCAAGUACCAGCUUCCCGGUGAGGAUCUUGAUGCCCUUAUCUCCGUCUCCUGCCCUGAGGACCUUGUUAAUAUGAUGGAGGAGUAUGACAAGCUCGCCUCCAUCUCGCCACACGGCUCCGCGAAGCUCCGUGUCUUCCUCUUCUCCCCGUCUGAGUCCGCGGACCUCUCUGCAAACCUCGCCGCUGAUGACGCUGGACAGGGGUACGUCGAGGCAGUCAAUGGGGUCACUGCCGAUGGCGGUGGCAGCGGCGGCGGAAGCGGAAUGUGGAGAAAAGGGAGUGUCGCGAGUGCUGCUUCCUCCACCCAGAAUUCGGACGGCACCAUUGGGGGCGAGGCUGGGGAGAGCGCUAAUGAAGGUACGUCGCCCUCGCUUCUUUCCCCUACUGUUCGUGCAUCUAAUGAUGCUUCGAGAUCAGUGUAUGUGGGUGAAACCCAUCCCGCUGUGUUUCCGGAUUCCCCGGGGCUUCCGGGGGUCAAUGUCUCAGCUCUGGGAUUGGGCGUUUCUACUCAAAAUCCAACCUUGGUUCGGCCGGAGCAAUCUCCUUUGGAACCUUAUGUGCCGCAGUCAGCUUACUUAGAAUCUCACCAAGUCCAAUACAUAAAUCCUCAGCAAUUGGGAAUGAUGGGAGUUCAGCAAUCGAUAAAUUUAGCUCCUUUCCUGAUGCAUCCUUAUGCGCCUGGUGUGCCCAUCACCACAACCCCUCCGGCUUCUCAAGUUGGUAGCUUGAAGCCAAUCCAAGCAAUGGUCGGGCCUAGCUUGGAGAACCCAUAUGGAGGAAGAGCCGUGCAGCUUCCUUGUGAUCAGAAUUAUAAGGCUUUCCAGCCUCUAUCAAAGUUCCCACCUUUGCCCCCUUCAUACCUGCCGGCACAGAAUACUGAUAUGUAUGGGCAGGCAGUGUCUCCUCCACUGCAGUCUCCGGCAUUGAGAUCAGAAGAUUGCUAUACGUGCCAGAAAUCUCUGCCCCAUGUCCAUUCAGAUACAGUAAUACAGGACCGUGGGAAUGGGUCCCAAGGAAGCACUCCUGAGAGUGGCCCUAUGUUUUACAGUCAACCAUCGGAGGAUGCAAUGAGGCAAUGGGCUCUGCAUUCAGCUAUUGGAGCUUCAGGUGACAAUUUGGUGGAACCCAAAACAGAGAGGUCGGCUGCCACAGCUCAAUUAGGGGGUUAUGGGUUCCCUCAGAUUACUGAGGCACAAUUUGCUAGUGAGAAGUCAGGUGUUCAGAAAGCAGAUAAUCUUGAUCCUAUGCGAAUUUUGCGUAAUACUGGUGCAAUUGGCUUAUCAGGUGAUACACAAGCAUCCAGUGGAAUGUAUUUGGGCACUCCUUCCCAAUCUCAUAUCGAGGACCACUUUCAGUGGUGGCAGCAGCAGCAGCAGCAGCAGUCAUGGCAGACUUUGCAACCACCUCAGUAUCCGGUCAAGCAUGAAGUCAUCACCAGUCCUGGUGUUGAUGCUAAUGCUGUUAAAAAUGUAAAUGUUUGGGCAGCAGAACCUGUGAUGCAGGACUAUGUGACUGGACACUCACAUGACUAUGUUAGACCUAUUGAUGGGAGGAUGGAAGCCCUUUAUUUAAGUCCGUCCAAGAAAUCAGAAACUAAUGAUCAGGGAAAAGCCUUUGUAGACUCUAGUGAUGCAAGAAUUGAUGGCCCACCACUGAAUGGUUGUAAAGUCAGACCUCAACCAGGAGGGAAUGCUUUAUUUUUUGGUAAGGACUUUGUGAAUUCUGGAUUUGUUUCCAAGGGGAAUUGUGUUAAACCAAGUGAGCAACUGCCAUUUACCCCUUUGGAUUUGACUUACUUGGACAAUCAUCAACCUGUUGGCACUAGCCAAGCGCCAAACAUCAUAGGAAACCACGGGCCCUUCCCUCACAAUCUUGGAGUAGGGAUUGAGCAUCCAAUAUCUAAUGGACAGUUCCGUGGGAUGCCUGCAUACUCUUCUGGUAUCACCCUUGCUUAUGGUGAUAAUAACAUUAUCCCUUUGGCUGAUAGGAAAUAUGAGGCCAUUCAGCCGCACUCCAAGGAUAUGCCCAAUUGCUUUGCUCCUCCUCCGAUUGGUAAUAUACCAUUUCCAUCAUUAAAUGCAACUAGCCACACUGAACAUGUGGAAGCUUUUAAAGAACCAUCUUCGUCAGAUUCACUUUUCAGCAACCAGGAUCCUUGGAAAGUACUAGGAGGUGCACUGCCUCCAAGACCCAGCAAGGUAGCCAGUAGGGAGUCUCUUGUCCCAAAGGAUCCAUCCUUUGAAAACCAUCUGGGAAAGAGCAAUGGGUCAAAUGUUGUGGCAUUACUGGACGAAGGUAAUCUUCACCACCCACCAGAUUUGCCGAACAAGGACUUGUGCCAAGAGCCUGUUCGACUCGCAAAAGGCUCAGGAGAAGAGCACAUAAAGCAACAGCUCCAAACUGUUGCUGAGGGUGUAGCAGCAUCUGUUCUCCAGUCAUCUUCACCUCCUGUUUCUGGUUUCCUUGCUUGUGAAAUGAAGGAAUCAACACCUGAAUUUGACAAAGGAGAGACUGUUGAGGAUGACGUACGAUCACAGGGAGCAGCAGUUGAUCAAAAACUUGAGGAUGUCAAGGACAUGAAGGUGGAUAAAAUAAAUCCUGUUGUUCAGAUUACAGAGGACAUCGGGCACCUGCAGAUAAUUAAAAAUAGUGACCUUGAAGAGCUGAGAGAACUUGGUUCUGGAACUUUUGGUACAGUGUAUCAUGGAAAAUGGAGGGGAUCAGAUGUUGCAAUUAAAAGAAUUAAUGACAGGUGUUUUGCUGGAAAGCCCUCAGAGGAAGAACGCAUGAGGGCUGAUUUUUGGAAUGAAGCCCGCAAGCUUGCUGAUCUGCACCACCCAAAUGUUUUAGCAUUUUAUGGCGUUGUUCUGGAUGGCCCUGGGGGAUCUGUUGCAACUGUAACAGAAUACAUGGUUAAUGGUUCUCUUCGACAAGCUUUGCAAAGAAACGACAACAGGACACUUGACCAACGUAAACGUCUUCUAAUUGCGAUGGAUGUGGCAUUUGGGAUGGAAUACUUGCACGGAAAAAACAUCGUGCACUUCGACUUGAAAAGUGACAAUUUACUUGUCAACUUGAGGGAUCCUCAACGUCCAAUCUGCAAGGUCGGUGACCUGGGCUUAUCAAAGGUGAAAUGUCAUACCCUAAUUUCUGGUGGUGUGCGAGGGACGCUUCCUUGGAUGGCUCCAGAACUUCUUAAUGGCAGCAGUAGUCGUGUCUCCGAAAAGGUCGAUGUCUUCUCGUUCGGAAUUGUCAUGUGGGAGCUCCUUACUGGAGAAGAACCAUAUGCUGAUUUGCACUAUGGAGUUAUCAUAGGUGGGAUUGUGAGCAACACGCUGCGCCCUCCAGUACCUGAGACUUGUGAUCCUGAGUGGAGAAAACUGAUGGAGCAAUGCUGGUCGGCUGAACCAUCAGAGAGGCUGACCUUCACAGAGAUUGCAAACAGGCUGCGUUCUAUGGCAGCAUCUCUCUCUCACAAAGGAUAAAAAUGAUUUCAGAUGCAACUUUUUGUCAAUAACCAGUAUUUUAUGACCUUUGCUUUUGGUUUGUCAAUUAAUCAGGCAGGUCUUGAGUUUCGGAAUUAAAAGGUCGGUAUCGCUACACUUUUGAAAUGGCCAUAAUUAUUCUGGGUUUUGUAAUAUAAUAUCAACAAGGUGUGCUGUUUCCCUUGUAAUUCCCAUUCCAUAUAUUUUUGUUCAUUGGAGCUGGGUCUUUCAUGGUUAAAGUGCUUGCUUUAAUGGUCCUGACAUCAGGGUGUUCUUUGUAAACCAUAAGCUUUUGUUACAGAAUUGAAACUCGAAAUUUACAGAUCCGAUAUGAAUGGCCAGUUACAUAGGAUGGCUUGUCUAAGUUCUGAAAACA